AAAUAAAUGUAGGGAAUUACUUUUGUUCACAAUUUGUUUAUAUUAAAUUAAUUAUGCGUUAUAAGUCAAUAGUUUUUAUUCCGUUUCUGUUUAACCAUCAUUGGACACAUUAGAACAUUUGUUCUCAUUCCAUUAUUUUAUUUUGAUUUUGCUUAAUUUAGACAUUUGUUGUACAAUCAUUUCUUCUCUUAUAUAAAAUAUAAAUGUUACAGUUUUUAUACAUUGCUUUUUAUUGUGAUCUGGAUGCUCUAUGUGAUUAUAUGAAUCAAAUAAAACAUAUUUGUACUUAUGGUAAACGUAAUUGGUCUAUUUGCAAUUUAAUUGUUAAAACAAAGAGGCCUUAACAUACCAUGUCUGAAGUAGUUUCAUAUACACCCGUGAAAAAGGAAUUUGAUGUAUCAUCUGGAAACAAUAAUGAUAAUUCAAACAAUAAUUUUGAAGAAAAUGGGGACAUUGAAAAUGAUCAAUCAAAUUCUAAUUAUGACACAGUCUCAGAUUGUGGAACUUCUGUUCACCGAUGUGAUAGAUGUGAUAACUAUGAAACAUUAAAUGAAACAAGUUUAAUAUCACACUUGGCAACAUGUCAAGGAAUAGAAAGUAAUAAUGAGAAUGAUUUACAAACAAAUCGUAAAUUAUUUGAAUGUGAUAUAUGCAAUAUGAAAUUUUCAAAUGGUGCUAAUAUGAGAAGACAUAAAAUGAGACACACAGGAGUUAAACCUUAUGAAUGUAAGAUUUGUCAAAAGCGUUUUUUUAGAAAAGAUCAUUUAGCUGAACAUUUUACAACACAUACAAAAUCAUUACCAUUUCAUUGUCCAAUAUGCAAUAGAGGAUUUCAACGUCAAAUUGCAAUGAGAGCACAUUUCCAAAAUGAACAUGUUGGUCAACAUGAUAUGGUUAAAUCAUGCCCAUUAUGUAAUUUUAGAGCUAGUUCAAUGAAAAGUUUAAGAGUCCAUUUUUUUAACCGACAUGGAAUUGACCUAGAUAACCCGGGUGUUAAUGUGAUAAAUUCUACUUUAACAAACCACAUACCUAUUGAAUACAAUAGUGGAAAUGUGAGUACUAGUGGAGCUUGUAGUGAUAGUGGUGAUUCAAUUGGAGGAAGUCGUUCGGAAAGUAAUGCAACCCCACCAAUGCAUUUUCUUACACCCCAUGUUGAAAUAUCAAUGACAGAACCCAAUCCUACGGAGUGCUUAUCUUUUUCCUCUUCUCAAGUUAAUGACAAUAAUGUGAAAACGGAACCUAUUCAAAAUUUAAAUAAUGAUGAUGUUUCACAAGAUAAUGAAUGUCCAAAUUCUCCACAGUCAACAGAUUCAAACUCAAAUAUGUCUACAUUACCAAUAUUAGCAGGAAAUAAUCGACAAGAAGGUGAAGUAAGUACAAUCACACCAUCUGUUUCUCUCAUUCCAAUAAAACAAGAACAAGGAGAUGAACAUUUAAGAAAAAAUAGUUCAAAUAAUGUACAAAAUGGAGAAACUGAGUCUGGACGUUUUCAGCCAGCAUCAAGUUUAUCAUCAUUAAUCAAAGUAUCACCUCUAAAGUCAUUAUUGCGUGAUGAAUUUAAACGUAACAUAAAUAUGAAUACCCCUGAAUUAUCUCAGCCUCAUAACACAGAUCCUGGUAUUUGGAGGUACAUAGCAUUUCAAAAAACAUUACAAUGUUCCUUUUGCGGUAUUACAUUUCCAGACCAAACACUUUACUUUCUUCACAAGGGGUGUCAUUCUGAAACAAACCCAUGGAAAUGCAAUAUUUGUGGAGAACAGUGUGGUAAUGUGUAUGAAUUUAACUCUCAUUUAUUAAGUAAAACCCAUCAAUAACCUUUAUACAUAAUUUAUUUCCAAAGAAAAUUUAUUCAUAUCAUCUAUAAUGUAAUGUUUUAGUACUUUAAUUAACAAUGAAUCUAAUUAGUGAUAAGUGAUAACUAAAUUAAAAUACUUCUAAAUAUAUGCUACAAUAUUAGAUGUAUACAACAUUCACAAUAUUUUUGAUUGAUUGGUUUUGCCAAUUUAGUAUUUGAAAAAAUAAUUAUUUAUUAUAAGAGUAAAAAAUACAAAUCUUUAUAUUCAAUUUUAAUUUACCUACCUAUUUUAUGUACAAACUAAUAAAAUUAAAUAUAACACAAAAUAUGAUUCUCUAUUAUAAAUAUACGACUGAUAGUCUUUAUUCAUCGUCUUGUAUGGUACCUAUUUAUAUUUGAUUAACAACAAUUUAAUACAGUAUUAAUUACAUGCCUAUCAAAUCAUACCAAAUAAAAUGCAAUUAUGUAUUGGGACAUUAUCAUGAUUUUAAAAUGUAUCGUUGGCAGUUUAUUAACUUAAUUUAAUUAAUUAUUUAAAAACAAAUGUAUUUAUUUAAAUUUCCCUCAAUCACAAAUAUUUUAAAUCAAUUUUAUUUUAUUUACCUAAAUAAAGUAUUUAAAACAUAGAUCAAGAUGGUCUAGUGCACAUGUAUGGUAAUUGACAUUUAACAGAUUGUUAGGUACAGGUAUUUAAAAGUUUACACAUCAAUAAAAAUCGUAAAUGACCAUUUUUUGGUUGAAUUCAAUAGCGUUUUAUAGUAGUCAUCUAGUCUUUACUAUAAUUAUGUCUUUUAACGUGUUUUAACUUAACAAUAACAUGAAUAAUACUUGGUUUUAUAAAACCCAUAGGUACAUACCACUAUAAUUGAUCAUUGAUAACAGAAACCACCUUAAUACAAAUGUGGUAAGUGAGCACUUGCUACAUUUGUGCUACCAAUAUUAUUUUAUUGUUUAUUUUCUUGUCACAUAUACUUUUGUUUUCAGUGACUAUAUCACAUUUGAAGACGGUACUUUUUUAAACCCCAGUACUUAUUUCAAACAACAAUGCCAUCUAUUGGAUAAAAUAUUAAAUAUACACAUACAACAUUUGCACAUUGUUUGAAAAAUGAAAUGGAGAAUUGUAUAGAGAACUUAACUUAUUUUCUCAAAAAAUGUCACUUAUCACAUCUGUGCACUAGACCAUCUAAUACCAUCUACCAUUACUACUUAGUAGUGGAUUGGCAAUAAAAAUAAAAUACUUUAAUUUUUUGAAUGUUUUUGUGAUUGAGAAUUUUAUUUCUAAGUAUAUAAAAACAUGGAAAAAAUUUAAGCGGCAUUACCCCUUUUUAAUAAUAAAUACAUUAUUUAAUGAUUUUGUUAAAAUACUGUUAUUGUAGAGUAAAUUUACUGAAAAUAAGUUAUAUGAGUUAUCUAAAUAAUUAAUUGCAAGAAUAAAAUAAUAAUUGUUUUAUUUCGUUGAGUUAUACAAUUUUCCGUCCGAAGAACCUUGUCAGUACAUUAACUGUAUUCUAAAAUAAAAUAACUAAAACUAUGUUUACAUUAUAUAUUUUUGGGAAAACAAUUAAAAGCAUAUUUUUAGAAAAAUUGUUAAAAAUAGCCUUAAAAAAGCCCUACUAUUCAUGAUAUGAUUAUUGUGUACUAAUUUUUGUAAUUAUAUAUUUGUUUGCAUUAAUCUGAAAAUUAAUUGGAAUGAAUAAAUAAUUAUUUUGUAAUAGUUUCUAAUUGGGUCAAAUUGUGGAAUAGACCAUAGGCACAAAUAGGAGGGGGCUAGGGGGUCUUGGUCACCCCAAUUUAAAAGUCAGCACUUGGUACUAAGCAUAUAUCAUUAUAGGAGAAAAUACUAGAAAAUAUUAGAGGAGGGAGAGAUCAAGCCCCCCCCCUGAAAAAAAUUGGGCUAUUUGCGCCUAUGGUAUAGACUAUACAACAUUUAUACAUUUAUUAUUUUAUCUUACAUUUUACCUAAUAUAAUUUGCCACAUACACAUCUGCCACCUCUAUAUUCUAUUCCCCGUAAGUUUACCCACUUUUUUGUUUUUUUGUUCACGCAAAGUAUGUUGAAAACAUUGUGACAAAACAGUUCACUAUAGUUUUACAGUUUCACGUCAUGAAACACCACAGUGUAUACAUAGUGAACUGUAUUGUCACAGUGUUUUCACCAUACUCUUUGCGAGUAAAAAAAAAUGGGUAAACAUACGGAAAAUUGAGUAUAGUAUGAAUUAUUAUAUUUAUUAUUAUUUUUUAAAUUGUAGUACUGUUUUAUUAUUUAAAAUUCAAAAUUUACACAAUGUUAAGACCACAACUUAUGUGGAGGUAAAAAGAAGAAAAAUAUAUCAGCAUUAAAAUAUUAAUUCAUUUACCUCAGCUAUUUGGCAUAGGCAGAUUUUUUUACCAACUCAAUGUCAUUGAUGU